CCUCGCAGGGGAGGGGGCUCGGCGUUGACGUGGACGCGUUGGAGGCGCCGCAGCCGGUGGUGAUUUGCUAACCUCGCAGCAGAGAGGAGUUGAGGGCGAUGAGAGCGGGUACUGCGAACUGCCGGGCGAUGCCGCCGCUGCCGCCGUAAUACAGAGAGCAACAGUUCCCCAGCAGCACCCCUCCCCGGCACAGGCACACACCCCCAAGAGGCGCGCACGCCCACCCCGCAGCGCUCGGCUCGGCAGCGUCCUCUCCGUUGGCCCGGGAAACGCACCUUGUCCCGCCACGCAGAUCCCAGAAGGAAAGGAAGCCCCAUGCCUAGGCCUCGGGGCACACCAUGGAUCUGACAAAGAUGGGCAUGAUCCAGCUGCAGAACCCCAGCCACCCCACGGGGCUCUUGUGCAAGGCCAACCAGAUGCGGCUGGCGGGGACUCUGUGCGACGUGGUCAUCAUGGUGGACAGCCAGGAGUUCCAUGCCCACCGGACGGUGCUGGCCUGCACUAGCAAGAUGUUUGAGAUCCUCUUCCACCGCAACAGCCAGCACUAUACCCUGGACUUCCUCUCGCCAAAGACCUUUCAGCAGAUUUUGGAGUAUGCGUACACAGCCACGCUGCAAGCCAAGGCGGAGGACCUGGAUGACCUGCUGUAUGCGGCUGAGAUCUUGGAGAUCGAGUACCUGGAGGAGCAGUGCCUGAAAAUCCUGGAGACCAUCCAAGCCUCAGAUGACAAUGACACGGAGGCCACCAUGGCCGACGGUGGGGCCGAGGAGGAAGAGGACCGCAAGGCUCGGUACCUUAAGAACAUCUUCAUCUCGAAGCAUUCCAGCGAGGAGAGUGGGUACGCCAGUGUGGCUGCCCCGAGCCUCCCCGGGCCCCUGGUGGACCAGAGCCCUUCGGUCUCCACCUCCUUUGGUCUUUCAGCCAUGAGUCCCACCAAGGCCGCAGUGGACAGUUUGAUGACCAUAGGACAGUCUCUCUUGCAGGGGACUCUUCAGCCGCCUGCAGGGCCCGAGGAGCCCACCCUGGUAGGGGGUGGGCCGCACCCAAGUGUGGCCGAGGUGAAGACUGAGAUGAUGCAGGUGGAUGAGGUUCCUGGCCAGGACAGCCCCGGGGCAGCCGAGUCCACCAUCUCAGGUGGGUUGGGGGACAAGAUUGAGGAAAGGGGAAAAGAGGGGCCUGGAACCCCAACUCGGAGCAGUGUAAUCACCAGUGCUAGGGAGCUGCACUAUGGGCGUGAGGAGAGCACGGAGCAGCUGCCACCCCCAGCUGAGGCGGGCCAGGGCCUCCCCAGCCGACCAGAGCAUCCUGUACCCCCAGCUGAGAAACAUCUGGGCAUCUACUCCGUGUUGCCUAAUCACAAAGCAGAUGCCGUGUUGAGCAUGCCGUCUUCAGUGACCUCUGGCCUCCACGUGCAGCCCACCCUGGCUGUCUCCAUGGACUUCAGCACCUACGGGGGCCUGCUGCCCCAGGGCUUCAUCCAGAGGGAGCUGUUCAACAAGUUGGGGGAGCUGGCGGUGGGCAUGAAGUCAGAGAGCCGCACCAUCGGGGAGCAGUGCAGCGUGUGCGGGGUGGAGCUUCCUGACAACGAGGCUGUGGAGCAGCACAGGAAGCUGCACAGUGGGAUGAAGACGUACGGGUGUGAGCUCUGCGGAAAGCGGUUCCUGGAUAGUUUGCGACUGAGAAUGCACUUACUGGCUCAUUCAGCGGGGGCCAAAGCCUUUGUAUGUGAUCAAUGUGGCGCCCAGUUUUCGAAGGAGGAUGCCUUGGAGACGCACAGGCAGACCCACACCGGCACAGACAUGGCCGUCUUCUGUCUGCUGUGUGGGAAGCGCUUCCAGGCGCAGAGUGCGCUCCAGCAGCACAUGGAGGUCCACGCUGGCGUGCGCAGCUACAUCUGCAGUGAGUGCAACCGCACCUUCCCCAGCCACACCGCCCUCAAACGCCACCUGCGCUCACACACAGGUGACCACCCAUAUGAGUGUGAGUUCUGUGGCAGCUGCUUCCGGGAUGAGAGCACACUCAAGAGCCACAAACGCAUCCACACGGGCGAGAAACCCUAUGAGUGCAACGGCUGCGGCAAGAAGUUCAGCCUCAAGCACCAGCUGGAGACGCACUAUAGGGUCCAUACAGGUGAGAAGCCCUUUGAGUGCAAGCUGUGCCACCAGCGCUCCCGGGACUACUCGGCCAUGAUCAAGCACCUGCGGACACACAACGGCGCCUCGCCCUACCAGUGCACCAUCUGCACGGAGUACUGCCCCAGCCUGUCCUCCAUGCAGAAGCACAUGAAGGGCCACAAGCCAGAGGAGAUCCCGCCCGACUGGAGGAUAGAGAAGACGUACCUCUACCUGUGCUACGUUUGAAGCCAGGCGCGAGGCGUGCAGAGGAGUGGGGAGCAAGGAGAGGAGUUAGAACAGGAUGAAGUAGAGGAAGAAGGAUGGUGCAAAAAAAAAAAAAAAAAAAAAAAAAAGGAAAGGAAAAAAAAGCAAAGUGAAAGGAAACCUGACAGCUGUCUGGCCUUGGAUUUUCUCUGGGGCUCCAGGUGACUGGACUCCUGGCCACUCACUGCCCCUCUCCAGGGGCCUCCAUCUCCCCUUUGUGGGCUGGAGACUGGCCUGGCUUUUUUGGGUGGGGGCAGAAGUGGCUUUGUCCAGUGUUCAGCACAGAUGAUCUGUGCCCUACUCCGCGCAGACUUCCACUUGUGUCCAGAAAGGGAGGCCAGGAGUUAGGGGUCCUCUGGUCAGAGACAAACAGUCUGACCAUGAGAAGGCGGGGGCUGAGGGAGUUGGGGGGCAAAUGGGGGUUUUGCAGAUGGUGGUGGAGGUAGGAGGAGGUGUCACUGGUUGACCCUCAACAACAGCAGCUCUAGUUUGCUGGGGCCCAUUGGGGUGGGGGACUCUCCUCCCCUUCCCACCUUUCAGUUCAUCAGCUGCUUCCUCAGCUCUGCCACAAUGGGGAGUCCCCCCUAUGGGGUCUUCAAAAACUGCAGCUUUUGCCCCUCCCCCAACUCCUGUUGCCCCACCCCACCCCCCAAGCUGUCUGACCUCCAGGGGGUGCCCAGCCUCUUCUGGAUGAGGGCAGCACCACCCUCUUCACCCAGGUCCCUCCCUCCCUGGUGGGGGGCUGACUCCAGAGACCCAACUCCCACCCUUAGCUUUUUGAGAACAUAAAAUAGAUGGAGUACCCCACCCUAGUCAAGCUCUGUCUUGAGCAAGAUUCCUGCUGAGCUGCUUUUGCUUCCAAAAUGCAAAAACAUAACAACUGAAGAUGUCCUGUCCCAUCCAACCAACCAGAUCCCUGCAACCCCACUUAAGUCCCUAGGAGAAGGAGCCCCUUGAGGGGGGGGGUUGCGUGUGCCCCACAAAGCUGUGGCUGCCCUUCCCCAGAGUGCCCUGCGCUUGGAGAGGGGCACCGGGCCAGGUGUAGGAAAUGUCCAGUCCUACUGGGACCCCAGACCUGGCGAACUGGUGUGGGGAAACCAGAGCUGCUGGAAUCCCUGGCUCAUAGCCCCCCAGUCCUAGGGAGGAGGAGGGCAGGAGAAGGAGAAAGCGCUUUGGCCUUGUGUUACGUUUGCUUCUUUUCUGUGUACCUGUCCCUGUUAGCACAUUGUACUUGAAUUACCUCAGUUUUUUGUGACCUCAUGAGCUUUCAGAACCCCUGUAUCUCUUUUUUGGUUGGGGGUUGGAAUGGGGAGGGUGUUCUUUUCUAAUUCUUGUGUAAAUGAAUAGUUGGUUAAUGGACUUCAGCUGGCCAAGGCCCGCCCCACCCCCCAGGCCACUAGCCUUCCAGCUGCAAGUAGCCACAGAACUGAGAACCUGGGGUAUGACAGGGAAGGCCGGGCAGCAGGGGGCUGGCUGGUGGUGUGUUCGGGGCACACCGGAGUUGCUGUCGGUUCUGGCAGGCAGGAGUCAUCUUUGCCCUGCUCACCUGACCUUCUCUGGAAAAGAGCGGACCUGCUGACAGUUUGCUGAGUCCUGCAGGUCUGGGGCCUGUGGUUCAGAAUCUGCAGCAUGCCCCCACCCCCCACUUCUGUGUGCGUGAUUGUUGCCAAAAUUGGUAUAUGUAUAUGUUCAGGGCCGGUGUGGGGAUGUGCCAGCCUUGGUUUGAUUUUGUUGCAUUUGGGGGGGGUGGGGUGUUGUUUUUCUAAAAGCUACCUCUUAUGUUUGUCCAGUUCCUUUUUGUCCCCUUCUUGCCUCCUGUUCUGCUGCUCUGCUCCCCGCUUCUCCCCAGCCUCCCCACCCCACCCUGAAUUUUGGAAAGCACAUUUGCAAUAUUUGUGUUCGCUUUGGGACGGACGCUCCGUUUCAUCUCAUGCUUUAUUUGUAAGAGGGGGUGUGUGUGUGUGUGUGUGUGUGUGUGUGUGUGUGUGUGUGUGUGUGUGUGUGUGUGUGUGUGUGUUUUCUUUCCUUUCUCUCUCUGAGAAAGCUGUUGGCUGUGCUUUUAUCUUAGGUCUUAAAAAGUGGUUUUAGGGAAGCGGUUUUGGGGAAAAAGGUGGUGAGGAAUUUCGGGAUGUUGGGGAGAUGGGUGCUGCUGUGAACACCCCCAUCCCCCCAGCACCAUCGCUCCAGCCCUCCCCUGCAAUCUCACCCACCAAAUCUGAAGGCCUUAAAAAUUGUGUGUUGGGGGGAUGUAGCUUGGAGGGGCGGGGUAUCACUAGACUGUUGAUUGGGGAUGAUAACGUAGGGAGGAUGCUGUUUUGCAACUAGAAUAAUGACUUAGUGCUUUGGAAAGGAAAAAAGUUAAACUUGAAAUACGUGACUAGAGCAGUUGUGUUUAUAAUGUGAAGAGAGUGGAAUCCGCGGGAGGGGCAGUCUGUAAGAAAUCAUUAUGCACUAUUGCCUCCUCCCCCAGUCUGGGAAGAAGCGGGGAACUGGGUGGCCCUCACGGGAUCUGUAAAUCCCAGAAAACAGUAUUUGAACAGCGAGAUGUCACUCAACUUUGGUGGGGAAGGAAAAAAAAAAUCAAACUAUUCCAUAGACCUAGCUGACGCCCCUCACCCCCCAUCCCGCCCACACAGCCUGGGUCUCCUCCCCUGUUAGUAAUAGCUGCGAGGGUUGAGCUAAUAUUGACAAAUUGUAAUAUUUUUGUAAUAUUUGUUAGUUCCUUCGUCAGUUCUACAGGACCUUGCCCUUUCCUUUUGUAAUGUGAAUAGCAAAAAAAAAGACAAAAAAAAAAAAAAAUCCACACCACCAAUAACACAAUUUCCCUUUGUGCGUGUGUGCGUGUGUGUGCGCGUGUGCUUUUUGUGUGUGGUUGUGUGUUCAGUCAUGCAGUAUUGUCGUAACCCGGUGUUGCAGCAUUGGAUGGCACGAAUCAGUCCCCCCCUGCCCCCACCGGGUCCUCCUGGGGGAGGGGAGAGAGGGUGAGAGGAUGCCCAGCCCAGACACCCCCAUAGAGUCCCACGUGCCUCUGUCCCAGCUUCCUACUCACAAAGGAAUUGUGAUGUGGUCCAGGCCUUCUUGGGCAGGCCUCAGGGCCCAGGUGAGGGUCAGAAGUUACCUGGCGGCUUCCCACACUCUGGAUAAAGGGGUUGGGGGUGAGGGAGUGGGGGUGCUCUUUCCCCAAGUGAGAUCAGAGUCCUGUACCCCUCGUUGCUUCACCACCUGGCCGCCCCUCGCCUUCAGCUCUGGUACUGCUGACACCCCACUUGCUACUUGCUGCCUUAUUCAGAUCAGUGAAACUUCUUCAGCCUGGAAAGUCCCAAGUUGAUGAUGGCCCCAUUCUUAGAUUCAGCUCCUACCAGCCUGUCCCUCCCUGCUUUGGGUGACAUUGACCUCUUACUCGUGUGCGCUUUUGCUCUUCACUCCUUCAAAGCAUUCAAAUCCUAUGUGUAUAUAGGAUAGACAAAUAUAUAGAGAGAUAUUAUAUAUAGCAAGAGAGAGAUAUAAAAUAGUAAAUAUCAUUGCUGCUUUGGGCUGCUUUGGAGGAGGCCACGAAUAUGGGGAAGGUAGAUUUGGGGUACCGGGGGGAGGGUAGGGAGGCUGGGAGAGCCAGUGAGUCUGUACAAUCCAGGGAUGCGGCGUGGGCUUGGUUAAUAAUCUUUGUGCCUGAACAGUUUUUCCAUGUUUAGAAAAAAAGAUAAGAAAAAAAAACCUGCAGUUUUUCACAAGUGUAGGGUACCCUUCUGGAUGCCGUGGGCACAGGCGGCUGCAGGCGCGUCCGGGCCCCAGAGGGAGAGGAUAUUUUGGCUUCUCUCCUGACGGGGGGGGUGGGUGAGCAGCAGUGGGGGUGGCCUUUGGACAUGGCCCACUCGGGGGGGACAGGGCGAGGCUUAUGGCCAGUUCCCUGCAAGCUCAGUAAGAGUGGAAGCUGGGGGCGCCGGAAGUAGACCGAAAACCAGAAAACCAUCCGACUGUUCAUUUUCCCUCGGCCUGUGUUAGUUACGUCCUGGUCCCCUCCCACCUGGUCCCCUCCUGCCUGGGCUUCCUGGCGGCACUUACCUGGGUAUAACAGGAGGAGGGAGCAAAGCCAGACUAAGGCUCCGAGGAGAGGCUGCUGGGUGGAGGGACAGGCCAGCUGGCCCAGGAGAGGGCGAGGGCCAGACCGGGGAGGUUGGGUCAGGGGAAAAGCUGGGGGGAGAGGGGCCCCACAGGGCCGUCAACCCCGCCCCGUGCUGACGGGCAUUCCCCUUUGCAGACAGGGUACCCGCCUCCUGGCGUGUCCUAGAAUUUGUUCCCAUAGUGUUAUGCAUGAUCUUUGUGAGGUUAAGAAGCUGUGGUGGUGCACCAUGACAUCAUCCCCUAUAUAUAAAGAUAAAUAUAUAUAUAUAUAUGUAUGUAAAUUACAGCACUGAGAGCCCUGUGGCCCUGCCGGACCAAGCAAAACCAAGCCUUUCGGUUUGGGUAUUAUGUUUUGUUUUGUUGUUUGUUUGUUUUUGUGGCUUGUCUGAUGUCGUGACAGCACAAGUGCCAGUCCGAUUGCUCUGUAUUACAGAAUAGUGUUUUUAAUUAAUUGAUGUUCUAGUUCAUGUCUACCUCAGCACCUCCUCUUAGCCUAAUUUUAGGAGGUUGCCCAAUUUUGUUUCUUCAAUUUUACCGGUUAAUUUUUUGUACAAAUCUCUCUUUCAAUCUCUUCCUCUCCUCCUCCUGCCCUCCCAUGCCCCACCUCCCCUUUCAAGUGGGGCCUGUUCCAUUCUCCCUUGCUCUCUUCUCUCUCUCCACCCCCUCCCCCUGCC